CUGCUGGUGUUAGGCGAUAACUGAGCAUCGUGUGACCAACCACCAACCUUGUUACUCUGUUCCAGUCGUUCUUUGGCCAAUGAAAUUGCUUCUUUUAGGGAGGUCACACACGGUGGCGGUAAUGUUAUGGAGUUUUUCCCUUCAAGUCUAUCAGGUUGAAAAACAUAGGCCUCAUAGUAAUUGGCAACUAAGAAGCUGGAGUGUUGGGCCAAACAUUCAGAUAACGAACAACAUCCUUUUAUACUUCUGCAUGAGAACAAGUAAAACUAUAGCAAGAUGGUGGUUCUCAAAAUCCGAGACCAGGCCAGAAGAAGUUAUGCAAAAUACGGUCAUAUGUCUUGUUGACCCCAAGAUGGCCUGCCAUACAACCAUCCCUGGCCUACUGAAAGCCAUCUUCAAUGUGGACCCAGAUGAAGUGCGCUCCCUCAUAUUUCAGAAAGAGGAUGUGAAUGUUCAGGACAAUGAGAAGCGGACACCGUUGCAUGCCGCUGCCUAUCUAGGAGAUGCAGAAAUUCUAGAGCUACUCAUACUAUCAGGAGCCAGAGUAAAUGCCAAAGACAACAAGUGGCUCACUCCUCUGCACCGGGCCGUGGCUUCCUGCAGUGAGGAGGCAGUCCAGAUGCUAUUGAAACACUCUGCUGAUGUGAACGCCAGGGACAAGAACUGGCAAACGCCGCUCCACAUUGCUGCGGCCAAUAAGGCGGUCCGCUGUGCUGAGGCCCUGGUCCCUCUCCUCAGCAAUGUGAACGUGUCGGACCGGGCCGGGCGCACGGCGCUGCACCAUGCAGCCUUCAGCGGACACCUGGAGAUGGUGAGGCUGCUUCUCUCCAGAGGAGCCAACAUUAAUGCUUUUGACAAGAAGGACCGCCGAGCAAUCCACUGGGCUGCUUACAUGGGGCACAUUGAGGUGGUGAAACUGCUGGCCUCUCAUGGAUCAGAGGUGUCCUGUAAAGACAAGAAGGCCUACACCCCUCUCCACUCUGCAGCCUCCAGCGGCAUGAUCAGUGUGGUCAAGUACCUCCUGGACCUUGGGGUGGAUAUAAAUGAGCCCAAUGGGUACGGUAACACCCCCCUCCAUGUGGCGUGCUACAACGGCCAGGAUGUGGUGGUAAAUGAGCUGAUCGAGUGCGGCGCCAACGUGAACCAGGUGAACGAGAAGGGUUUCGCCCCGCUCCACUUCACGGCCGCCUCGCGCCACGGGGCGCUCUGCCUGGAGCUGCUGGUGGGCAACGGGGCCCACGUCAACAUCAAGAGUAAAGAUGGAAAGACCCCCCUCCACAUGACGGCCAUCCACGGACGCUUCUCCAGAUCUCAAGCCAUCAUCCAGAAUGGUGCUGAGAUCGACUGUGAAGAUAAGAAUGGAAACACACCCCUGCACAUCUCUGCUCGCUACGGCCACGAGUUACUCAUCAAUACACUCAUCACGAACGGUGCUGACACAGCCAAACGAGGCGUCCAUGGGAUGUUCCCCCUCCACCUGGCUGCUCUCAGUGGUUUCUCUGACUGCUGUCGAAAGCUCCUCUCAUCAGGCUUUGAUAUAGACACCCCUGACGACUUUGGAAGGACCUGUUUACAUGCUGCAGCAGCUGGAGGGAACCUGGACUGUCUGAAUCUGCUGCUCAACACAGGGGCAGACUUCAACAGAAAGGACAGCUUCGGAAGGAGUCCUCUGCAUUAUGCAGCAGCCAACUGUAACUACCAGUGUCUGUUUGCCUUGGUGGGGUCUGGGGCCAGUGUGAACGACCUGGAUAAGAGGGGCUGCACCCCGCUCCACUACGCUGCUGCCUCCGAUACAGACGGAAAGUGUCUGGAGUAUUUGCUGCGAAACGAUGCUAACCCAGGGAUCCGGGACAAUCAGGGCUACAAUGCAGUGCAUUACGCGUCUGCAUACGGACACCGCCUCUGUCUGGAGCUGAUUGCAAGUGAAACACCUUUAGAUGUGCUAAUGGAAACCUCAGGGACAGACAUCCUGAACGACUCUGAUGUCAGAGCUCCCAUCAGCCCUCUACACCUCGCUGCGUACCACGGUCACCACCAUGCUAUGGAGGUCCUGGUUCAGUCUCUGCUGGAUCUAGACGUGAGGGACAGCCAGGGGCGCACCCCUCUGGACCUGGCUGCCUUUAAAGGCCAUGUGGAGUGUGUUGACGUCCUCAUCAACCAGGGAGCCUCCAUCCUGGUUAAAGACUUCACUCUGAAGAGGACACCCAUCCACGCUGCAGCAACCAACGGUCAUUCGGAGUGUUUGCGUUUGCUGAUUGGAAAUGCUGACCUCCAGAGUGCCGUGGAUGUUCAAGAUGGGAAUGGACAAACCCCUCUGAUGCUGUCGGUGCUGAGCGGACACACAGACUGUGUGUACUCACUGCUCAACAAGGGAGCCAGCGUAGAAGCCAAAGACAAGUGGGGCAGAACAGCUCUACACAGAGGGGCGGUGACUGGUCAUGAGGAGUGUGUGGAGGCCCUGCUGCAGCACAGCGCCAGCUUCCUAGUUCGGGACUGUAAGGGGCGGACCCCUGUUCACCUGGCGGCGGCGUCUGGACACAUCGGGGUGCUGGGGGGGCUCCUACAUGCAGCCCAGUCAGUGGAGACCCUCCCUGUCAUCACAGACAACCAGGGCUACACGCCACUACACUGGGCCUGCUACAACGGCCAUGACACGUGUGUCGAGGUGCUGCUGGAACAGGAGGUUUUCCACAAGACCGAGGGAAACUCCUUCAGCCCCCUCCACUGUGCUGUGAUCAACGACAACGAGGGGGCUGCAGAAAUGUUGAUUGACACUCUGGGACCAGCCAUUGUCAACGCCACUGACACCAAGAACCGGACCCCCCUGCAUGCGGCAGCCUUCACGGACCACGUGGAGUGUCUUCAGCUGCUGCUAGGUCACAAUGCCCAGGUCAACUCCCCCGACGCCUCCGGGAAGACCUCCCUCAUGAUGGCUGCUGAGAACGGACAAACCAACGCUGUCGAGCUGUUGGUGAGCAGUGCCAAAGCAGAGCUCACCCUGCAGGAUGCAGUCAAGAACACUGCUCUUCAUCUGGCCUGCAGUAAGGGGCAUGAAACCAGUGCCUUGUUGAUAUUGGAGAAGAUUACAGACAGGAACCUCAUCAACUCGACUAACGCAGCCUUACAGACGCCGUUACACGUUGCAGCCAGAAAUGGUCUGACCGUGGUGGUGCAGGAGCUGCUAGCGAAGGGUGCUAGCGUGCUCGCAGUCGAUGAGAAUGGUUACACGCCGGCCUUGGCCUGCGCCCCCAACAAAGACGUGGCGGACUGCCUGGCGCUGAUCCUGGCCACCAUGAUGCCCGUGUCCCCCUGCACCCCGGCACCCAGCCUGACCUUCAGUGCCAUUAACCACUACACUACCAGCCCCUCCAAGAGUGUUACCUUCGACAGCCUGCCCGUAAUGCGCAGCGAACACAGCUCCUACUGCAGCUUCAACAACAUCGGCCACCGCGGCCACGACGAAGGCUUCUACAAGGAUGAGGAACUCAACGACUCAGACUCGGAGACUUACUGAGAGUGGUGGUGGUCGCUGCCCAGGAGGGGAGCCAGAAAGAAGGGAGGCAAGUGCAGGCGGAUGGACAGCGAAGUGGGGCAGAGGCCACAAACAAAUACACACCUACACACACCGUGUCUUAAAUCACCAUAGCCAGCUUUGGGAGGGCACGAGCCAAGACAGUCCGCACAGGAGCCUUAAGAGUCCCGCAAAUAGAGAAAAGGAGGGAGAGGGGGAGGUGCAAAAGGCUGGCUGGCCCACACUCAUCCUCUCGUACCACCAGGUUCCCUUCCAGCAGAUACUGGACUUCAGAGGAACUGCUGCUGCUAUACCCCAUCUUUACCUUUACCCACAAAGGUCCUAAACGGUAGAAACUGUCUGGCGAACAGACAGACAUACACCUUAUGAUGGCAAUAACCUGUAGUCCAAGGGGAUAGUAGCACUUCACUGAGAGCAAAACAGACAGGGACCAAAAGAUGUGGAAGAAGCCUUUUUAAAACCUGUUUUUACUAGAAAUUGGUCUGAGAAAAAACAUGAGUGAUGUUUCAUUUAAGUUUCAUGAGAGUGAUUGUCAUGUUUAUCCGCACACUAAGACAGUCAGAAUGCACCUAGCCUCUUGUCUGUAAUCCAUGUGGGAGGAGGGGAAAUCAUUUAUUUUCUAUGAACACAUUUUAAUAAAAUCAUUCAUGUCUUAAGCUCUGUGGGAAACAACAAAUUGUAGUAUUUGCUCUCAUGAGUAAUUUCAAAAAUUAAAUGGAACCGUAUACUGAAUAGUACACUACUGUUGAACAGGGCCCAUAGGGUUCUGGUCAAAAGCAGUGCACUCCAAAGGAAAUAGGGUGCCAUUUGGGAUGUAGUUUUGCAUACCGGUAUGUGAGCAACAGGACUUUUUAAAUUGAUAAAUAUUACAUUUGUGUUAUUAAACCUACCUGUCCUUUGCCCUCUAGAAAGUAUUUUAGAAAGUAAAUUAUUCAUUCAUGUAUUCUUUCGUGUGAUAUUUGUCAUUUUGUGCCUUCGUUAGUUACUGAGGGGAGGUUAGGAGAGUAAGGGCAGCUGUAUGAGCGAAAACAAUGAUGCACACUAAGUACUACAACGUUUGUGAAAAGCACUGAUAUUAUUCCGAGGCAUGUGAGGUGGAAAACAUGUCUCCCUUGGAGAGGAGAAACACUGUACACCAAUGGUAGGACAGCAGCAUUUAGAUUUUCUUCUGUUGGAAAAUAAAUAUCUAUAUUAUUUGUCUUUGAUCUUAUAAUCAAUGUUUUUGACAGGUUUUGCUUGCUUUAACUUCAAAAAAUGAAACCACUCAAUCCUUUUAUGUGAUUGCUUGUUCAAGUCCCCAUGUGUCUCUUUUUGAAGAUCAUUUUAACUGGAAAUAUGUACAAAACAUUUGCUAUGUUCAUCAAAUCAGGAACAGGAGGUUCACAGGUUUUUGUUUCCUUAUCUUUCUUCUAAAAUGAUGAAACUAGCAUGUACAUAUGAAAUAGUGACAAUUUGAAACUUCCAUGAAUUAUUUCACUUUCUGAAGAUUGCUGUAUAUUUUAUGAGUAAUAAAAGAAAUGAGUUAUGUUAUUUAAUGAUGAA